UAAAAAUAAUUUAGAAGCUGAUUGUUUAUCCCGAAGCCCGGUUCUAGAAGAAAACAAAGACGACGAAACAUCAGUAAUAAAAAUAGUACAUUUUUUACAAAUAGACGAAAUAAUAAACAAUCAAAAACAAUUAAAAUUAGAUAACAAUUAUGAUAUUGAAAAUGACAUAAUUUAUAAGACAUUAAAUAAUAAAAGGAAAAUUUGGUUAACUGAAGAGUUUGGUAUCUCUCUAAUUAAAGAUGUACACAAUAAACAAGGGCAUAUAGGAACAAAACAAUUAGAAUUGACAAUCACACAAAAAUUUUAUUUUAAAAAUAUGCAUAAGCAUAUUAAAAUGAUAUGUCGUUCAUGCGAAACUUGCAUUAAAAAUAAGACCAGAAUAGGAAACUUUAAAGCCCCACUAUCACAACUAGGCCCAGCCUCAGAGCCGUUCGAGAUCGUUGCACUAGAUACGAUAGGCGGUUUCGCAGGAAAUAAAAGCACAAAGAAGUAUUUGCAUUUGUUGAUCGAUCAUUUUACAAGGUAUGCGUUUAUAUCAACGUCUAAAACACAAGGCGCGAAAGAUUUUAUUAAACUAAUAAAAACAAUAAAAAAGGACAAUAACAUAAAAACUUUAUUCACAGACCAAUAUGCAGGUAUAAAUUCGAAAGAAUUUAAACAAUAUUUGAGGUCCCAAAAGAUAAACUUAAUCUUCACAGCAGUGGAUUGUGCUUUUUCUAACGGUUUAAAUGAGAGAACGAAUCAAACACUAAUCAACAGGAUAAGAUGUAAAAUAUUUGAGAACAAAAAUCGCCCAUGGCCCAUUAUAGCACAAGAAUGUGUCAAAGAAUAUAACAAUACAAUUCAUAGUUCAACAGGUUUCACACCCAAUUAUUUGCUCACUGGAAAAGACAAAUCAACUCUACUAAGCGAACUAAACCCUAGUAAUGAACGUAACUUGAAAGAAGAUAGAUUAAUAGCAUUCCAAAAUUCAAUGAAAGCUCACAGACAAAAUAAAAAUUAUUAUGAUAAGAAUACAAAUUAUAUAGAUUACAAAGUUGGAGACCUAGUAUAUAUAGUAAAUGGUAAUAAAUUGAACAGAAACAAAUUAGACCCAAUUAGAACAGGUCCAUAUAAAAUAAAAAAUAAAGUAUCUAAUGUGAUAUAUAUAGUUGAUAGAGGUUUCAGAAAGAAUGAAUCAAACCUUUUUCACACCAGUAAAUUGAUCCCUUAUCACCCAUUUCCUAAGCCGUCCACUCAACUUGAAGGGGGGGAUGUAAGUUUGACGUUACCCCAAACUUAGUGUGCCCGCCAAUGCCACGUGACAGGUGGAGUGGGGGCGACUACGCAGUGCCCAAGAAAACAACAAAACCGAGUCAGUGUAACGAAAGCCUAAGAACGAAUGUAAACACCGACAAUUUGUACGGUUUUAGUUUUUAACUGCAACCACGGAUUGUUGUGUUUAUUUAUCCUGGCAUAAAGUCCACCCAAGAAAGGCUUACAUAUA